CUCUGCAAUUUAUUUCCUCCAAAUCGUCGAAAGAGCAAAUAAGUUUUAAAGCAUUAACCGGCAAAGAAAACAAAACCCUAAACCCUAGCCUUCCAAUCCAAUUUUUUUUUUCUGGGCAGAACUUAAAACAGCUAUAGUUGACUAUUUGGGUUUUCAAUUCUUCAAAUAUCUCUGUUCCUUGUUUGUAGUUGUUUGAAACCUAAAAGUAAGAUAGCAAAAUGGAGGGAUUACUGAAAUUUGUACGUCAGGACACGAAGCCAGGGGCUUCCUUGUCUGGUAAUUCUUACAACUUAAGCGAAAAGGCUGGAUUAACUGCAGCUUUAUCUCCCCCGGACCAGUCUCGUGUUUUGAUCACCAGGCCUCCCAGGCAAAUGGUUUCUCUGUGGACUUGCUCAAAGAUGUGUGCAAUUUUCUUUGUUGCUGGAAUUGUUGUUGGGUACACGCUGAAGAAACGUGUUAGGAGAUGGGCUGCUAAGCUUCUUAGGAGGUUGAAAGAUGACUGACGCAGUAAAAACCCUUUUGUAUGUCAUACAACUGAUAGAGCUGCCUAUGCUUGUCUGUGUCUCAUGCCAAUGACAUCCUAUUAACAUUCUAACAUUUUGCAAGUUGCUCAUUGAUACAUGUAUAAGUUAUUUGCAGGCUAUUUCCCCCCCUAUAUAACACCGGUAAUCUCUGUUGUUGUGGGCUUUAUUCAUCAAAUCAUAUUCAAGUAUGCAGCCCUAGAA